GCAGCCUAAUAAUUCCAGCAAAUACAAAGCUUAUUCGUGUCACCUUCUUGUACCAAUCAAUCCACUUACAUACCAUCGUCUUGGAGUCAUUUCUUUCUUUUUAAAAUCCGCGCUCACAGUCAGAAAUAUCUCGUUACCCUCAGCCUACUGCGCGCUCUCCACACAUUUCUCAGCAACAAUGGAGCGCUUUUGCCUCUUUUCUCUCCUCAUCUGCAUCCUCCUCUCAUCUACCUUCGCCGCCACCGUAUCACCCGAUGAGGUCGAGGAUCCUUUGAUUCGUCAAGUCGUGCCGGACGCUGAGGAUCACCUGCUGAACGCUGAGCACCACUUCACUACUUUCAAGGCUAGUUUUGGGAAAAACUAUGCCACGCAGGAGGAGCACGACUACCGUUUCAAAGUGUUCAAGGCUAAUCUCCGACGAGCGCGGAAGCACCAGAUGAUGGAUCCUACUGCAGUCCAUGGGGUCACGAAGUUCUCGGACUUGACGCCACGCGAGUUCCGCCGUCAGUACCUUGGCUUGAAGAGGCUCCGAUUGCCGGCCGAUGCUCAUGAGGCACCGAUUCUUCCGACUAACGAUCUUCCGACCGAUUUUGACUGGCGUGAUAAGGGUGCGGUCACAAACGUCAAGGACCAGGGAUCGUGUGGAUCUUGUUGGUCAUUUAGUGCCACCGGGGCUCUUGAAGGAGCUCACUUCUUAUCAACGGGGAAGCUGGUGAGCUUGAGUGAGCAGCAGCUUGUGGAUUGCGACCAUGAGUGCGAUCCAGAAGAAUAUGGUGCCUGUGAUUCAGGCUGCAAUGGAGGGUUGAUGACUUCUGCUUUUGAGUACACCCUCAAGGCUGGUGGACUGGAACGCGAGGAGGAUUAUCCUUACACUGGGACUGAUCGUGGAUCCUGCAAGUUUGACAGGAGCAAAAUUGCUGCAUCUGUAUCUAACUUCAGUGUUAUUUCUAUUGAUGAAGAUCAAAUUGCUGCAAAUUUGGUGAAUCAUGGUCCACUUGCAGUGGGGAUCAACGCAAUGUUUAUGCAGACAUACAUAGGAGGAGUUUCUUGCCCAUACAUUUGCUCAAAGCGUCAGGAUCAUGGGGUGCUUCUUGUGGGUUAUGGAGCUGCAGGCUAUGCUCCUAUUCGGUUUAAGGAAAAGCCUUUCUGGAUUAUCAAGAACUCCUGGGGAGAAAAUUGGGGAGAGAAUGGGUAUUACAAAAUCUGCCGGGGUCGCAACAUUUGUGGAGUGGACGCCAUGGUCUCUUCUGUUGCUGCUAUUCAUGCCACUUCUCAGUAAAUUAUGCAUUUAGUGUGUAUAUCCAUUGUGAUGUAUAUUGUCAUAAUAUCUUUUUCCUUUAGAAAUAUCUAAAACUGUCAAUAUGUGGUUGCUAUUUGUAAUAUUCUCAUCAUGGGGACUUUAUUUACGGUUGACUGUGCCACCAAUGAAUAUUUCUCCUAGAUAAGGGGCCUAUAUAAUUUAUUUGUACAUAAUCUUGUUGCAA